AUGGUAGUUUUGAUUUUGUUGUUUUCAAUUGCUCAGUCGUGUCCAACUCUUUUCAACCCUGUGGACUGCAGCACACCAGGCUCCCUGUCCUUUACCAUCUCCUGGAGCUUGCUCAAAUUCAUGUCCACUGAGUCUGUGAUGCCAUCCAACCACCUCAUCUUCUGUCAUCCCCUUCUCCUGCCUUCAGUCUUUCCCAGCAUCAGAGUCUUUUCCAGUGAGUCAGCUCUUCGAAUCAGGUUGCCAAAGUCUUGGAGCUUCAGCUUCAGCAUACGCAUCAGUCCUUCCAAUGAAUAUUCAGGAUUGAUUUCCUUAAGGAUUCACUGGUUUGAUCUCCUUGCAGUCCAAGGGACUCUCAAGUGUUUUUUCCAGCAUUACAAUUGGUAA